CCGCAACCCACAUCCCCACCCCCGCCCCCGCCCUCAAGCCGCACCCUCAAACAGCCGAUGACGCUGCGCGUCGCCGAGUCUGCGUCUGGCUCGUCCGCGUCCGCAGGCGCAGGGGCAGGCGACAAAGCCGAGCUCCGACGCGCCUUCGAGCGGCGCGCACAAGCCGCGCGCCGCGCUGAGAAAUGGGCCGACCGCGCAAUGGAAGAGAUCCUCCCGCGCGACGUGUUUCUGCAGGCCCUCACAUACCUCCACCGCGCAUCGUACGCGGAAGUGACACACGAGCGGCACCUGAACGGGCUGUGCGCGUACGCGCCAUGCGACCGCCCGCCGGCCGCGCCGUACCGCGCUCGCCGCCGCUUCGUGGUCUCCACCGCGACGCGGAGCAUCACGGAGCGCGAGGGGAACGAGGACCAGGCGUACUGCUCGCGCGUGUGUGCGGCGCGCUCGGCGUACGUCGCCGGCCAGUUGGGGACGGCGGCGCCGUGGCUUGGCGGGGGCGGGGGUGGGGGGAUCGUGCUGCUUGAAGAUGUGGAGGAGAGGGAGAAGGCGGAUGCUGAGAAGGCGGAGAUGGAGACGGAGGACGCAGGGAAGGCGGAGCAGGCGGAGAAGGCGGAGAAGGCGGAGAAGACAGAUACCCCCCUCCCCUCCCUCCUCGCAUCCCUCUCCAUCGUCGAGCGCGCUACGCCGACCCUCCCCCCUAACCCGCCGGGGCACGGGCUCCGCCUCCCCGUCGAACCUGGGCCGCCAGUCGCCGUGUCUAGCGGCGGCGACGGCCUCCCCCUCCCCCUGCCUGGCGGGGAGGCUGUGCCCUCGCUGCUCUCCAAGGCGAAGGCGACGACGGGCGGGGCACCGACCACGCGCCGCGGCGCGUCGUCCCUCCUCUCCACGGAACAUGCUGGGCUCGCCAAUAGCGUCGUUAGUGCGUCGCAGAAGCUGCGGCCCGAGUCGAGCGACGAGAGCGAGGACGAGGAGGAGUGGGCCAAGGCCAUGGGAUGGGGGGCUGGGCCUGAGGUUGACGCCCUCUUUGCAGUAGCUGCGGAGUCGCGCAGACUCAUGCAGGAAGAAGGGGAUGGGGGCGAGCAGCCGGCGAGUAAACCAACGUAGAUCCACCACACUAUCAUAGCAUGCACAUUACGCACCUCCCCCCAACGUUGAUGCCACACGCUGCAUGG